UUUUGUCUCGCUCUUUUUUUUUUUUUUUUAAUCUUUAUCAGUAUAUAUAUGUCUGUAUAUAUAGAUAAUAGAUCUGAACAAAGUUUGUCGAUUUCUAACUUAUAUUUGCUUCUUCUUCUUUCUUUCUUUUUUUAAGGUUUUUUAUUUUGUUUGUUUCGUUUGGUGAUGAUGAACAAAGACAUGUUACUUCAUCAGCAUCAUCAUCAACCACAACAAGAUGAGAAUAUGUCGAAUCUAACAUCAGCUUCUGGUGAUCAAGCAAGUGUCUCUUCGGGAAACAUAACUGAAGCUAGUGGCUCUAAUUACUUCCCUCACCAUCAGCAACAACAACAACAAGAACAGUUCUGUCUUCCAGAUUCACAGCCUCAAAAGAAAAGGAGAAACCAACCAGGCAAUCCAGACCCGGAAUCAGAAGUAAUAGCUUUAUCACCAAAAACACUAAUGGCAACAAACAGAUUCGUGUGUGAGAUCUGCAGCAAAGGUUUCCAAAGAGACCAGAAUUUACAGCUUCACAGAAGAGGUCACAAUCUACCAUGGAAGCUGAAACAAAGAUCCAACAAAGAAGUGAUAAGGAAGAAAGUCUACGUCUGUCCAGAAGCAACUUGUGUCCACCAUGACCCAUCUAGAGCUCUCGGUGACUUAACCGGUAUCAAGAAGCAUUUUUGCAGAAAACAUGGCGAGAAGAAGUGGAAAUGUGACAAAUGCUCUAAGAAGUAUGCUGUUCAAUCUGACUGCAAGGCUCAUUCUAAGACUUGUGGCACCAAAGAAUACAGAUGUGACUGUGGCACUCUCUUUUCUAGGAGGGAUAGUUUCAUAACUCAUAGAGCAUUUUGUGAAGCAUUGGCUGAAGAGACCGCAAGAGAAGUAGUACUGCCACAGAACCAGAACAAUCAACAAAACCCUCUUUUGAUUCAUCAAUCUUCUUCUUAUCCUCAUCAACAUCAAACUCAACCAAACGUAAACGUCUCUUCUUCAUCUUCAUCCUCCCACAACAUCAUCAAUAGCCUUCACUUCGAACAUGCCAACAAUGGUACUAGCCAUGGAAACAGUAGCAGCAACCAUCUCCAUACAUUUUCCAUGAAGAAAGAGCAACAAAACAAUGACCAUAACAUCAGUUACCACCAUAGUAUCCCUCCUUGGCUUGCUCCUCAUCCACGCGAUCUCACAUCUUCAAACCCUAACCCUAGUAACGGUGGAGGAGGAGGUUUGUUCUCUCUUGCGUCUCCGGCUAUGUCAGCCACCGCAUUGCUCCAGAAAGCAGCCCAAAUGGGUUCUACAAAGACACCUCCUUUACCACCAACCACGGGUUUCGAGAGGUCAACUCAUAAUAAAAACCUCACGACGACAAUGGCGCCCAUGAUGACGUCACCAUCUGCAUUCAACAACAACAACAGUCAAGUUAUGUUUCAAGACUACAACGCUUCCGGGUUUGAUAAUCAAGGUGGAGAAGAAGCAUUCGACGAAGCGUUUGGCGGGUUCUUGAGAACAAACGAAGCUACAGCCACAAGAUCAGACAAGAGCAAAAGCGGUGGAGGAGAAGGUUUGACGAGAGAUUUCUUGGGGUUAAGACCGUUAAUGUCACAUAACGAGAUCCUAAGUUUUGCUGGUCUUGGGAAUUGCAUCAAUACCUCUGCUUCUGAGCAGCUUCACCCAAAGCCUUGGCAGGGAAAGAGAGGAGGAUAUGCAUUGGAUUCGAUCUAAGAGGGUGGUGACUCAUCUUUUGCUAAUAAGCCUAUUUCGUAAAAUUGUUUUUUUCUUCUUCUU